GCACCGGAUGAUGCCCCCGCGGGGGGCGGCGGGCUCCUGCCGCCGGCGGCGCCUGGCGCCCCUCAACGAGGACAACGGGCGGUUCCUGCUGCUGGCCGCCCUCAUCGCGGCGUACCUCAGCGCCGGCGCCACCGUCUUCUCGGCCCUCGAGAGCCCGUCGGAGGCGGCGGCGCAGCUCCGCUGGAACCGGACCCUCCACAACUUCAGCCGCAUCUUCAACAUCAGCCUGCCGGAGCUGCGCGCCUUCCUGCGGAGCUACGAGGCGGCCAUGGCCGCGGGCAUCCGCGUCGACGCCCUGCGGCCCCGCUGGGACUUCCCCGGCGCCUUCUACUUCGUGGGCACCGUCGUCUCCACCAUAGGUUUCGGGAUGACCACACCAGCAACCGUGGCUGGAAAAGUAUUCCUCAUCAUUUAUGGCCUUUUUGGGUGUGCCGGGACUAUCCUUUUUUUCAACCUCUUCUUGGAGCGCAUUAUCUCUCUCCUGGCAUUUAUCAUGAAGGCAUGCCAUGAGAGACAGCUGCGAAGAAGUGGUCUCCUACCUCCCAACUUCCGAAGGGGGCCAGCUGUGCCAGGGGUGGGCAGCCUCGUGGGGUGGAAGCCAUCUGUUUACCAUGUGAUGCUGAUUCUGGGAAUUUUUGCUAUUACCCUUUCCUGCUGCGCCUCCGCAAUGUACACAGCAGUGGAAGGAUGGAACUACGUUGACUCCUUGUACUAUUGCUUUGUCACCUUCAGCACCAUCGGCUUUGGAGAUUUGGUAAGCAGCCAAAACGCUGCAUACCAAAACCAGGGAUUAUACAGAUUCGGCAACUUCAUAUUUAUAUUAAUGGGGGUAUGUUGCAUAUACUCUCUUUUUAAUGUCAUCUCAAUCGUAAUCAAGCAAGUUUUGAACUGGGUGUUGAAAAAAUUUGAAUGCAGAUGUUGCCCAAAGUGCCAUAAAUCAAGUGCCCGCCUUGGACGUCGCAAUGCCAUCACCCCAGGAGCCCGCUUACGUCGACAUAAUAUCUCAAUGGACGCUGAUGGACAGUACGACAGUGACACCGAGGGGAGGAGGCUCUCUGGAGAGAUGAUCUCCAUGAGGGAACUCACAGCAUCAAAUAAAGUCUCCCUGGCCAUUUUGCAAAAGCAGUUGUCUGAGACAGCCAAUGGCUACCCGAGGAACGUUUGUAUCAAUACAAGACAAAACGGUUUCUCUGCAGGGGUGGGUGCUUUAGCCAUCAUGAACAACCGCUUGGCAGAAACAAGUGAUUCUAGGUAGAGUUUUUGAAAUUCCUAUUGUUUCUUUAAUAAAAAUAAAAUGGUGAUUGAGGUGGAAUUGUUACUGUAAACGACUGGAAAAUUUUCAAUUCAGAGACAGCCUUGGUAUUCAUUGGGCAUUCAGCAUUUUAGUUUCUGGGGAUUUUAUAAGUCUUGUCUAAUAUGCAGUAACAUCUUUACCAUAAUGUUAUAAUUUUUCCAAGAGGAGAUUUUUUGGAGGAGGCUUGAAUGUCUUUGAUGCAGAAUCUGCUGCAAUUGUAGAAGAGUGGUGUGCAUGGUUACAAUGGUGUCAAAACCAACAUGUUCUUCUUCAGAACAUAUCCUGAACCCAAACUCUGGGUUAAAAUGCAUAAAAUGGGCAAGUUCGGCUCCAGGUUCAAACUUGGGGUUGAUAUGGUUUGGCUAAACCAGUAUCUCACCGUUUGUUGAAGUCUGGAUCUGGCCCUGAACUUUGUACUCUGUGCUCUUCGGCAAUUCCUCAUAGCAGGCCUGUAUAUAACAUACACGUAGGAGACUGCAGUUACACCAGCUUUAGGGUGACUGUACUUCACUUGAGUAAACCUACUGACUUCAGUGGUAGAGGAUCAAAUGGACUGAAUUCCCCUGACUAUAAAUGUUUUUUAGUCAGUCUUGUCUGAAACACUACCUGCUAGCUAAUUCUUAAAAGUCAGAGGAUUACCAAGAACCAUGUUAAAAUGUGCAAAACUAUUCCUACCUGCUGAAUUACUGAAAACAGGCAAUUGUCAACUUCAGUACUAACUUCUUUCAGUGCAAGAGAAGUCAGUAUGCACUUCUGGUGUCAAACGUUUGCAUCACCACUGAAAUGCUUAUUGCAUUACCUUUACAGGAAAAUAAGUAGCUAAAAUGAAUGUAGGCACUCUGUUGUCCUAAAUUUGCAUGUUUACUUCUGCAAUAUUGUUGCAGAGAUUCAUGCAAACUAAUUCCUUGCAGUUUUCUGGGGGCCCCAAUCCUGUACUUGUUUCCCACAAAUCUGAUAGUGACGGUUAUACAGAAUAGCAUUACUUUGGAGCUCUCCCAGAAUCUGACUUCCCUCAAAACAUUGCUCCUAAGUCAUAAAUUGAACUAAGGCUGUUGCUACUGACUUAAGGCAUAUUUAACCUGUGCUAGCCCAAGCCACUGAAGAACCAGAAGCAUCUUCAAGCAAAUGUAACCUAAGUGUCUAGUUUAGCAUGACAAAUGGGUGCAUAGGAUUUACUGCAGAUCUCUUUCAGAAAUAUCUGCAAAGCUCUGGAUCGUUUCUCCAAAUUCUCUAUACUAUGCCACUCCUUUGAGGCUGUGAAACUUAAUGAAAAAGGCUUCUGCUGAUUCCAGCAAGAAAUACAACUUAAGCUUGAAAUCUGAGAAGCCACGAUGGUCAGCUGUUGAAAACAACUUGGGUAAUUAUAGGCAAGAUCAUGGAUACUAGGUUGAUUGCUGAAGAAAUUGAAAAAGCUGAUAAAAAACAAACUAGGAAUAUUAGAAGUUUUUGAAAAUAUUUACAUGAAGUUUCAUAUAGAUAUUUUACUCUGUUAUCUACUUUGUUUUGUAUGGGUUUGGGGUAUCCGUCAGUUUGCUUUCCUUUAAAUUUGUAGUAGUGCAAAACGUUUUGGAAGUUAACCUCAGAAAACUAACUUUUAAUUUGUGAUUUUUCACACUUGAGCCUGCCAGCUGGAGUAUGGCAAUGAUUGUAUCUUUUGCCUGAAGGAGAAGGAACCAGAGCAGCAGAAAAACCAUCACUCAUGGAUCUGUAUCGUACUAUAAAUGUAGUCACAGCUUUUGUCAAGAUACGUUUGGCCAGAAACACUCAAUGAUAUUUGUGUUCUGUAUCUACCCGAUACAGACUCAUACUUAGAGAGUACGUGGUAUGGCAGAGAUUGCAUUCAAGAGACAUUCAUCUGGCAGGACCUUCCCUGGUGGCAGAGAGACCCCCUAAGGUCCAUGUCUGAGUGCCUGUCUGUCCGUGUACUCCAUCUCAGAUGCUAUGUUUCAAUGGCCCUUUGAAGAAGCAGGCAGAGGUCAGAGUGUAAUCCGAAUCUAAAGUCCGCUGAAGGAUAAAUUUAAGCAGGAUGUGCAGGGGCAGGUCAUGGUCUGGGAAAGGCUCAAAGAUUGACUGCAAAGACCCAGUUCAGGGAGGCACCUUUCAGAGACGCAGGGGACCUCUUUGGAAACAUCAGAGGCAGGGAACAGAAAGAAUUAAAAUUUGUUCUUUUCCCUUGGGAUUACCCCCAGGGGUAGAUCCCUUUAACUAUGAUGAUUUAUGUGUUUGUUAAUCAAGAGUGUGAAUAGAGUGCUCAUCUCUCUCUGCAGCUAGACCUCUCUUAGGGUUGUAUCUUGGUUGGUACAUUUGCCAUCACGGGGACUAUUACUCAUUAGAACAGACCCCGCUGUGUCAAGUGCUGCAUAAAUUGAGGCAUAUGGGCUCUGUCCCAAAGGACUUAGGAGUUUGAAUAGAUAGAACCCCAAACCACAAUAGAAUUACUUACGUUUGUUAUCUUACUCAUAAAAACAUGUUCAAAUGCAUUAACAUUCUGUAAGUGCAAGAACUAUAAUUUUAUGACAACAGAUUUGCAAAUUAAGGGGGUUUAUUUUUUCAGUAAGUUGUUUUUAAAGGAUAAAUAUUGCAACUGUGAUUAGGGACCUGUUUAAAUGUUUGUAAAUUGUUUUCAAACUACCUGUUCCUGCCUGGGAAAUACAAUGAAGUAAUAUGAAAUUACGCAUACCUCCUCUGCUAUUUCCGAACUUGCCCUGAGUCCAGUCAAAGGCAGACACACAGUCUGUUGUAAUAUGAUUUAAACGUUUCCAAGUCUUUUUGGUACCAUUGGUCACAGUGGUGCCAUUGCAGGACCCUUGGCAGUUCAUCUUGACUCCAGGGGGAGUUGGAUUAGUUCCUAGAGCUGGGUUACCUAAGGUAUUUGGGCCUCUGCUACCCUAUGCACUUAGGUCUAGUGUUUCUUUACUCCCAAGAUCCUUGAUAAACUCCAUUCUUCUCCUUAGCUUAAGUGGCCCUUUUCCUUGCAGCGCACAUAUCUGCAGAAGCUGACACAACUCAGCCUGGGACCUCCAAGUCAUAUCUAAGCCCCAUAAAAAUCCCCAAACCCAUCUGGCUCAGCAAGGCCAGUUUGUGAGAGGGUUCAAGGCAUGGUUACUGAGCUGGGUCUCACUGGAGAGCACCUGACAGGGGGUGGCCUUAUGGUUCCCCCACAUUCAGUAGCCGAAGUAUCUUUCAAGGAUGCAUGAAAACGAUGCUCCAAAUCUCUACUCUUCUGCUUUCUAGAACUACAUGAGCCAAGAGGACAUAGGAGAUUUGAGAUCAGCCUUUCCUAGUCCUUCCUGCUCUUUCUUUAGCUUUUUUUUUUUUAAAAAUGACAGCUUAUCUUUAAACUUGCCAGACUUGGGCACCUACCUCCUCUCUUCUGUUGUGCAUGGUCUGACUCAAGAUUCUGCAGGUCAGCCUGCUCCUUUUGUGAAUGAAACCCUAAACAUGCACCAGUUGCACCAAGUGCAAUUCCUCCUGGUAUUUCAUUUUCACAGACAAAGCAGAUACCUGCAAUACCCGGACACAGACUGAAGCACAAGAAAUCAGAAGGAAACUGAAGGAACAGAGUGGGAUAUUGAAAGCACACUGCACUAGAUUGCACUUUCUUUUCAGGUAACUUGGGAGUUGUAUUACAUUCUUGAAAUGGUUUGGGGUUUUGGUUUGGUUUGGUUUUGUUUUGUUUUUUUUUUUCCCCUGGGUGUUAUUUUUGAACAGCCUUGAAAGAAUGCAGUUAACUGAGGAUUUAAAAGUUGAUCUUCCCUGAUACAACCCAGUCUGCACCACCCUGCAAACCAGUAGCAGUGACUCCUAGCUGACCCAGGCCCAGACAUCCCAGUAGCCUGUGGAGCAGCUGUACAGCCAGCACAGACAGGAGCUCAGACCCGCUGCCCUGAAUUGGUCUUUUUUGAUGUGUGAGCCUGAGAGGAGCUUUCAGGAGCAGCAGCAGGACUUAGAACUUCCCUGUGAGCCAGCCCCUAGUGAGAGCAAUGAUUGCACAGGCAUGAGCUGUUUGGACCACCAGCGAGAAGGGAGGAAAUACCGUCUUCUCCUGGCCCAUGCGCUAAUAUCUUGCAGAUGAGAAUUAAAAUUUAAGUGAAAAUUAAUAAGGCGCCAUGGUCAAAUUCAAGCGAUGUCUUCUCUUUCCCCUGGAGCUCAGGGCAGAAUGGUUACAAGGAACAGUUUCUUUUGAAACCUCUAGUGUUUGGCAAGUUGCUGCAUUUACUUCUUGGGGUUUGUCUUCCCUGUGUGUGUCUUGGACAAAGUUUGGAGUCACAUUGAGAUGUCAUCCAAUUCUCUUUGGUUUCUUCCUAUCUGAAAACACACUUCUCAUCUUGUGCAAAAAAUUCAGGUUGCUUUUUAUUUCCUUGCAAUGUGAAGGAUGUCCUUCAGACAAUAUAGAUGUUCAGAGAAGUAAUCUCAUUGACCUCAGUUGCAGAUGGAAGUUUCUUGAAGGACAAGGCUGUAGUUUACCUGUCUCCCUAUGGAAGAAGUGUUGCACAAGUAACUCCCAUUACUGCUAGCAAGGCACACAGAGGUACUUUAGGCAGUGGCUGGGGCCAUGCAGCAGUAGGCACAACCAAAAUCAGAAAGAAGAAGGUCUGUUAAAAAGGAUAGAUGGGCCUCUUUGACAUCUACAUGCUAAUUGCUAACCCAAUUGCCAGCUCGAAUUGCAGCAAAAAUUAUUGGUGGAAGAGAGGAGAGGUGUAAGGAUCACACUAAAGCUCCUGGUGACCGCCCCGCGCCACGCUCGGGUUACCUGGGGACGUGCCGCGAUGCUGCCGGUCGGUGUAGUGCCGGUGUCCCAGCACGGCUCCAGCCCUGCCCCUUAGUCUCUUCUCCUCCCCAGCUUUCUGCAGGUGAAAAUCUGGGUAUACUAUGACCAUUCACCUGUAUUUCAGUCAUGUCUUGGCUUGCUACUGAAAGGAGGACUUUAGCAGCAGCAGAGGCCAUAUAGCCAGGCAUGCGGGCUUGGUAUAAACCUGAUUGCCUAUGUGAGAUUAAUUUAUAAUUAUAUGGAAAUUAGCUGUAGCAAUGAGACCAAUCUCACUUUCUUGUGUUUUUCUAACCUUUACCUUGAAAAAUAUUCAAUGACUAAUUAUUACUAUGAAUGUUCAGAGCUUAUCUAAAUAAAAUCAUACUUUGCUGAUUGCUAGCAAAUCUAUGGAUAUGGCUUCUGCUCUAAUUGGAUUACUAAUGUGCCUUUCCAAACCAACACACAUUUUCAAUGUUACAUUUAAAUAAAACAAUAAAUGUUAUGUUACGUAAUAAAUUUGAUUAGGGCAUAUUAGUACUUGACUUGCACAAAAUAACUAAUGAAGUGUGCAUUGCACAUUGUACAACCAAUAUGCAAUUUCUUUUUUGUGAGUAUGUCCAUGUUUGAGCUCAUAUUCUGCUUUUAUUAAUGCUCGUGCUAGGAAAGCAGGAGCAUGACAUCACGGAAAAUUCAGGAAGGUAUCGCCAAUUCCACUGAGAUUUGAUGCAUAUUAUAUGCAUAUUAGUGUAUGCCAGUAAGUGGUUCAUUAUGCACUGUAAAUAUAUUGUGUAGCAAUGGCACAGAGGAAGGACUACUUCAGCUUACAUGGCCACAGACCAAAUGCAGCUACCAAUAAAGACACAUGCCUUUUUUCUUACUCUUUGUUUAUUAAAUGGGUAACGUCCACGCUUUAAUUAGAAUAUACAUUUACACCACCAAAAAAAAAAAAAAAAAAAAGCAAUUGCCCUAAAUAUUGCAUAGCCAAAAAGAGAUCUAGGAUCGUAUCCAGACUUUCAACUCUCAGGAACAAAAAUGGUGCAGUUCUGCUUUGAGGUGGGGCUGCAAAUCUGCAGCCUUCCUAUCUGUUGUGUUCAGUCCUUCCUUGGGAAAGUGAAGAGACAGUAAAUAUUGAUACAAUUUAUAGCAGAAUGCCCAAUAGUCUGACAAUUUAGCAUGGGGGGAAGAAAAAAGCUUUGAUCAAGGUACAGCCAGCGUACUGUUACCAAGGAAUGAAAAGUGUGGGGAAAGGGAGAGGCUCAGGAGUGUUUUCCAGCAAAUCCAGCAGAAAACCAAAGACCUGCUUUGCUCUCCAUGCACACGUGGUUAUGCCCCGUCACAAAAUGUCAAGACACCGUCCCAGGCCCAAGUAGCUCUUGUUGCAUCACAGGCUCAGCUACCUCAUCUGGACCAUGGAGACAAGUAUUUUGUGAGACACAGAGGGGAGAGAGAGGGACCCCACGCUUGCACUCACCGUCGGCACUUCAUUCAGGAGGUGAACACUGCCAAGGGCUGAUUUUGGGGAAGAUGAUCCCCCAGCCUACUACUGGAAAAGCAGAUCCCUUGAAGUGACGACCCAUGUUUUGGGUAUAUGACAGGUGCAGAUUCCCAUGCCUCCAGUCCCCCCAGUGCCAGUGCCGUGUCAUGCCUGGGUGUGUCCCAGCCAGCUCCCAAGCCUGGACACAUGUAGGUGGAUUUGAAAUUGUGUAACAUCAUUGUCCGAAGUGUUUUCAGGAUUAGGUCCCCGGCAGGUGGUGCUUUACCAGACCAUCUCAGAAAUACAGAGAUGUUCCCCCAAUCCCUUUGUAUUUUGCAGACUGUAAGAGUACUUUUUAAAGCCAGUGAAUCAGUGCAAAAUUAAUGCUUUUAUAAUAAUAUACAAUAAACAUAGUGAAAAAGAUUACUGAUAUUUCUGACAAUGUGCAAUUCAAACACCGAGUAUUUUCUCAAUAGCUAUAAUUUCUGAAUUAUUGUAUUAGUGAAUUGGUUUUAUUUCCUGCAAGUAAAAUUAUGUCAAGAAAAUUUUUGCUUAUAGUAACAGCUAUGGGUUGUACAGGCAAUGCAAGAAUUCAGUUCCACUUUUAUUGUAAAGCUUAAGUAUCCGAAAGCACAACGUGUGAAAAAUGGGUUUGGGUUUCGUGUGUGUGUGUGUGUAUGUGUGCGUGUGUAGACAUUGUUUAUUUACAAAAAUUUAAAAAGCUGUCAUUCUCCAUAUACAGACACCCAUUCUUAGCUCACUAGAAUACUACCUUGUUAUAUACUUUCUGCAAAAAUAUUAGUUCCAAAUUUCAAGCCAAUUUAAAAUACUUGAAUUACAAUAUAUCUGCUCAGAAGUGUUCCUGUUUAUUUUAUUUCAUUUUAAAAGGGCACAGCUUUGUAGAUAUCUUUAACUGAGCUGGCAUUAUUAUCUCCUAUUAAAAACAUCAAGAAUUUUACUUCUGUGGUUAAUUCCACUGAUUUUGGUAUUUGCUUACUUCUGUGUUUCACUAAGUGUGAAUUAUAAAAGGAAUGACCAGUUUUAUGCUGGUUUCUGGUUGGUAUUACUUUCCCAUUUGCAUUGAUAGCAAACAGCUGAAAUAUUAACACCAGCAAAUUAUCCAGCAAAUGUUCCCAGACACACCAAAAUUAGACACUUUUCUGAAUAUAUUUAUUUUAAAAAUUGUUUUGUAAAAUUAAAUUAUGAGUAUAAAUUAUGUGUUAGAAUUACCAGACUGAAUAUUUUUCCUACCAACAGAAAUCCCUGACAUGAACUCAAUGAAAGAUGCUAAAGACCCAGUUUUCUGUAAGACCUUCCUAUUUUAUUUGUCCUUUUUAUCUAAUUCGUUUAAAAUUUUUAAAAGAAUGUCAGAAGGAUGUAUAUCCCAUUUGGAAAAUGCCCUACGCUGUACAUUCGCUCCUACGAAUUGAGCUUCUAAAGAGAUUAAAACCAAGACUACCCAAUCACUGCAAACAUACUUGUACAUAAAGCUUCAAAACUUUAAUAUUUUUACCUGUUUGGGAAUUGCAGACUAAGAGCAUGCUAAUGUAAUUCUAAUUCAGGCAAAGCUCAGGCAGGCUCCACUCGCUACUUACCACUUUUAUCAAAAAGACCACCAGUACGCACCUACAGCAUCAAGGAUAAUUUACCAACUCAUGAUGCACGAAGAUGUUAUUUUGUAGGUUGGUUUGGCAGCCAGGAUUUACACCGGGUGGUUAAAGCAGCUCGGCUGGGUGAUGCUGGGCAAGUCCCUUUGCUGUGCGUCAGGACACGGUUUGCCACCGCCCCAGCCCGCCUCAGCUCCUAAGGACAGUCCUUGUCUUUAGGCAUUGUACACACCUGCCCCUGCCCCUGAAUCAGGGUGAGCAACUGUGCUAUUCGAAUUAUCAACAUAUUAAAAAAAAAAAAAAAAAAAAAAAAAGAGAGGAAAAAGCCAAAAAAGAUGACUGAUAUUAUAUUGAGCCACUCUUGAGAAGCAAAGUGAAGUGCUGUAGCCUGCACUAGACCGUUUCUGGCCACCUCUGAACUCCAGGUUGUUCCCAAAAGUGGAGUGUUUGGGACCCAGGUGCAGUUAUCAGCUCAUUUUACAUUCAGGCCCUGCACCAGCAGAGCAGUAACGCUGUGAUCCUACUUUCCUGAUCAAAUGGAUAGAGAGAUUUGUUUAGGCUUUAUGAUGACAGCAUAUAUAAAUAUUAGAAGAUGAAUCAAUUACCAGGUCUGGUUAUAUUUACCAGGAGAUCUUUAUCAGUAAAAAAGGGAGAGAUUGUUUUACCAUCUUACAAGUACAGUGAAGCAACAAAAGAAGUGGUGCUCUGAACAGAAGGUGCCAAAAUAUACAGUUGGGUCCCAAAGCUCAGGCAUGCAACACGAAAUUACCGUAGCGUUCAUUUCUAGUGCUCAAUGCACCUGCACCUUGAGGGAAAGCCUCGGUUUCUGAAAGCACUGGGGUAGGCAAGACUUAUAUUUUCUUCAUCUGUAUGAAAAGAAAAUGUAUUUGAGGACAUGCCUUGGUCUGAAUAGCACUCAGGGAUGGAGCUGCCUCCAUCCCCCAAAUUUAAGCAUGCCCAUGGUCUAGAGACCAUGAAUAAUGGUCCAGACCCCAGCAGCAAAUGGACCUGGCUUGGGAUGGCUGGUUCAUGGAGAGGAGCUGUAUGUCAUGGCAGCCUGCAGCUGCCUUCUCCCGCCAAGCUGCCUACCCCAGCGUGGGAUCCAUCCCACCACCAGCCCCCUGGUCUGCAGCCAGCGAAUGUACUGCCAGGAAAGCAAUGCAAACCAACGUGGUCAUAUCCCUGCAAUCUUAAUAGGCUAAAAACAUCAGAAAAUAUAGAGCUCAUUUUCUACUUUAAUGAUCAAAAGGGUGUUGCCCAUUAUUCACAGCCUACACACAAGACAUCAUGAUAUUCAAUUUUCCUGCACUGAUUGUUCAACGCAUUUGACACCUGACCUUCAAGUGGUCAUGGGUUUUCAAAAA